CUCCCCUUAUAGCCGGGCUGCCCCGGGCCUCCGCACCCAGCGCCGCCAGCCGUCCGCCGCCGCGCAGCCCGCCCGCCGUCCCGCCAGCCCGCCCGGGAGCCGCAGCAGAGCUAGAAGGAAAAUGAUGAAAAUGUUACCUUUUUUCCAAAGCGGUCUUCUUGGAAUGCGCAAUGGAUCAGAGGGCUGCAUUGAUGCAAACAGGCAGCUUGAAAACCCUUCAGCAUCAGUAGCUGAGCUAGUCCCUGCCUGUCCUGAACCUUCUGGAGACGAAAUCUGGUCCAGGGACCAGGAGAAGAUGAGUGAAAGGCCAGAGGCAGCCUGCAGACCCUCACGUGCAUCGUCCAUCACAAGCAAUGGGAGCUGCGCCUCUGCUGGGGACAGCCCUGAAAAGGGGAAGAAAGGAAUAAAGGGAAUCCUUACAAAUGCACUUAAGAAGAUGAAAAAGAUCAAGCCACCCAGUGUCAAACAAGUCAUGGAUCUCCUUGAAGAGCACAAGCUUUGUGAUGCUGCUCAAUAUCUGAUUGUCUUAGAAAAGAGCCUGUCUAGCAGAAGUGAGGAAGGACUGAACAUCAGCCAGCAAGACGUUGAGUCCGUCUAUGAAGUUCUGAAGCACAAAGUUUUCAGCAUCUUGAAAGACUCCAUAGUGCUAGCGAAAACAAACCCAGAACUGCUGCAGCAGGCAGUAGAGGCACUGAAAGAGCAAGAGAAAGAAGAUCAGAACUACAUGUUGGAGAACCCACCUGACCAAAACAUGCAAUUUAGACCUAGAAAAUGGAAAGAGCUUUGGACGGCUACAGUAAAGGAGUCAGUAGAAACUCGAAUGAAAGACACAAGCCGUACUCCUAGAACUGAGAACCUCUCUACAGUUGGCCAGAACCUCUUGCACAUGGGAAAGACAAUGAAAGAAGAUUUGACAGUAGUUGUGAAGUACAUUAGACAGCUUUAUCCUGCUGAGUUUAAUGUGUUCAGCACAUAUGCAGAACUCUACCACAAUUAUUUUGCCUCCCAGGCGAAGAAAAAUGCUGAGUCUCAUCUGGAAGACAAGGAUGUUUACCUUCUUCUCUCAUGGGUGCACAACAUUUAUCCAAAAGAUAUGAGAAAAGAUCAUGUUUUAGCAGAGGAGUUGGAAAAACUUAAGCUUGGAAGCCUUUUGCCAUCGAGUCUGAGCCAAGAGCUUGAAAAGAAAUACCUUGACAGCGAAGAGGCUACUAUCAAAAAUUCACUGAGCAAAUGUUUAGAUAAAGAAAUUCAACGAUGGAAAGAAGACAAAGAACCAGAGAAACUAAAUGGACAUUUUCAGAGUGAACUACUGGCAAUAUUUGUUAUCCAGAGUAUCUACAGUGGCCAGAAGCGAGCCAAGGACAUCAGCGCAGCAGUGGGUGAGGAGUUGUCGCAUCGCCUGUCGAAGGAGCUGCCUGCCUUCCUGAAAAGCUACAAGGAUGCUUUUGAAGACUUUAAGGAGAAAAGCAAGAAGCACAGAUACUACAAGCCUAUACUUAUUGCAAAUAUUAACAACUGCUGGAAUUUUAGAGACUACACAGAGAAAAACAUGGCAGAAAAGGGUGACAAUACAGCCAGUAUCCUCAGCACUCUCAGUGACAUUGAAAACAGCGGUUUUGAUGUGCUGCUUCAACAGCUGUUCGUGCAGCUGAAGCCAAUUUAUAAGAAGUUUACAGAAAAUAAGUGGGACUCUAGCAAUGAAAUUAUGAAUGAGAUCAUUAAAACCACCAGCAAACAUAUUGCAGACUUCCGGACCCUAAAGGACCCUUUCUACCACGCUAUCAUCGAGAAGAUCCACACUCAUUUGGUUAAAGAGUACAUUGUAAGGCUGCUGAAGAGGAAAGUUAGCCUGAAAACUCCAGGGCAACAGCAAAACUUGGCCCAAAACAUCUCCAAGAAUGCUGCUGACCUUGAAGCCUUCUGCACCAGCAACGGGUCUCAAGCCACGUGGCUGAAUUCGGCACUCCCCAAACUGGCUGAAAUAAUCCGACUUCAGGAUUUAGGUGCUAUUAAAAUUGAAGUUGCAACACUCGCCACGACGUACCCAGAUAUCCGCAAAAGACACCUGGAAGCGUUCCUGUACAUCAAAGCCAAUUUGUCACGUGGUGAACUCAAAAGCAUCCUGGGCUACUUGGCAGACAGCACAGCGUCCAUGCUGCCUGGAGCCCCGCUCUUCUCCAACAUAAAUGUGUCCUAGGCCAAGGCUCCCCUUGGCACCCACCUUGUGCCAGACUGUGGGCUAAACUGGGGAUGGAGACUGUCCCUUGGAGCGACACACAGCGCACACUGCUGCCUUUUCCUACGGAAAGUACUUUGUCCUAGUCCAGUGCUCAGCAUCUCUAUGGGAAUCACUGUCCUCUGUGCACAGCUGGGGAAAGGGAGCACCCAUGACCUCCGUCUACCUCACAGGGUGCCACGAAGGCCACGUUGCUGACUCCCCAGCUAGCCCCGAUUGAGCAGGAACCUCUUAUGUAGUUUUCUGUCUUCUAAGGAAAUGUAGGGAAACAAAAAACAAAGCUAAAAUUUAGAGAUGUUGGAAAAGUCCCAUGUGAGCAUGCUUGCACCCUAUCUGCUGCCUUCUGAGCCAGGCAGGGGCAGCUGCGUUAGGCUGACGGGUCAGGAGAAGCUGUGGCUCAGCCAUGGCAGGACUCCUGCUGUUUCCCUCAGCACUGCAGCAGCCCCAGACCUGGAGCUUGGAGUGGCCCUGGCUGCACGCUUGCCCCAGGCAGCAGCAUUGCCCAGGGGCAUUGGGGUUUCUGAACCAGCCUUAGAGAGCCAUGGCAGUUCCCGCAGCAGCACUCCAGCCGGGGCAGCGUGUGCUUCCUUCACCUCCGUGAGGUGGGAGCAGCCGACUCUCCCCACAGCCACCAGCCCCUCUGCAGUGACCCCAUCUGGUGCAUCUGCACUGGAGUGGCACCCCACUAACAGGGUUAGGAGCAAACUGCCUGUUGCAAUGGAUGGUGUGGGCUAAGCACCGGCAUCUAGUAAAGCACUCGGGAUAUUGCUUAAGCCCUCUGUAUCAAGGAGAGGACUUUUCCAGACCCCCCAUUAACAUCAUAGGCUUUGAACGGGUGGUGAAACUGAUCUCCAAUGCCAUUAUAAUGUAUUGAGCAUCCUGCAUGCAUCACCGUUGCCUUGCUUGCUGCUUCUCCUCUUGCUGUGAGGUAGAUACGAUGUGAAAACACAAAUGGGCCUGUUGUGAAACUAUGUUUUGUUUUUUACAGCCCAGUUUUUUGGGAAGCGAAUCACUUGCCAAAACAACAAUGUGUUUAGUUGAAGACCUUUCCCUUCUGUUUUUCUUUAUUUCAACUUUUGUAUAAGUCUGUAGAAAGUUGGUCCAGAAGGAAGACGCAUAAUGACUGUGCAAACCAUGUAAUGUAUUUAUAUGCAUAUGCAGUAUACCAUUGGUGUAUUUUUGCAUCCAAUUUUAUUUUUUCUCAGUUAGAGAUAUUAAUUUGCAAUGUUUAUAUUUAAACAGUAUUCAAAUAUGCUAGAAAAGUGACUCAUAUAUUCUGUCUCUGGCUGUUGUUUACUGCAUUGCCACAUGUAGUCCUACGUACUCCUUCAAAGAGCCAAUUCUUCCACUACUCCCAGCCUACUCUGGUAAAUGUCACCCGCUGGUUCCAGGUAGGGAGGGUCUUGCUGGACCACAGACAAGCUGGAAAAGCAGAGGCACGUUCUGUUUGUGCUGUGUAUGGGUCUCUCUCUGGAGCAAGGACUGCCAUAUGUGCUGUGUUUAUGGUAUGUGGUAUAACAAGGUCCAAAACAUCAGCCUUUAAACACUACCACAGUCUCAAUGUUUAAUAAUAAAAAGAUAUGUAUUUGAUAUACAUCUCA